UUUGUUUUCUUUUUCAGACCGUUGACACUAACAACUAUAUGCUAGGCUUGAUUUCAAAAGUUAUCUUUUAACUAACAAAGCAGCACCUUUACCGGGCAAGAGUAUAAAAAUGAAGUUUGAGAUUUAUAAUGGAAACGACAAUUCAAAAACAAAUUAUUGACUUCUUUUCGGUUUACGAGGAAUUUUAUAAUACUUCCAAAACGUGUUUGAAAAUCUGCCAAAACUGCGCAAUAUCUAUUAAUAAAUUUAUUCAACGGUGCCGAAAUAUAAAAGAGGCGCAGGUAGCUGGGUCGCCUCUCGAAGAGUUCCGAGGAUUGCAAAGCAAAUUGUUAUCGUCUUUACAUAACCUUAUUUCUAAAGAUAUUCAAGAGAUUAAACAUCAACGGACUGUGAUAGAAGAAGCUUUUGAAAAUCUUUGUUUAAAACACAAAGUUUUACUGGGGAGCUGUAGAGGUAUUGAAUUUUCUCAAGAACUGCCAUUAGUCAAAGGAACCUGUCUUCAGCCUCCAUUGGAAGAUAUAUUAGAAUUGGCCGGCCACAGCCUAUCAUUUGGUGCAGAAAUCUGUGAGCAGAUCAAUACAGCAUUAACUGUUUUAUCAUUAAAAGGUUUAAACACAGAUAACUUUGUUGAUAGUUUCAAAAUAUCAUCAGACUGGCAAAGAAAAGUAUCAGAAAUACUUGCUUAUACUUCAUUCUGUAGUCAAAAUCGAAUAUAAUAAUGGAUCUACUGGGCUCUAUAUUAAAUUCCAUGCAAAAACCACCUUCAACCAGUGAAGCAGAAAAGAAAGCUAUGAAAAAGCAUAAGGAGGCCUUGGAACGGAAGCAGAAAGAGGAAAAGAGCAUUUUAAGUAAAUUUUGUAAGAGAAUUGAAGAGAAAAUUAGUGAUUUUAUAAAAGAUGGUAACAAACCAUAUCUACAGUUUGAUCCUAUGGAUCAGAUGUACAGGUCAGUGAUCAGAGAUGUGGCCACAACAGCCGGUGCACAAGUAUACUCAUUCGGCCAGGAAGGUGUCGACAGAUACUGUGUAGUAUACCUCAAGGACAAAGGACCCUCCGAAGAUGAGUUGGAGGUACGUAGAUCAGGCGGAAUAUGGGAUGAGGAAAAAGCAAUAGAAAUGGCCCAGAGACGCAUCGAAAUGGAAAAAGAAGCCGCAUUAGACAAUGAAAGAAGUAGGAAACGGAAACAUGACAAAGAACAAUUGAGCGGUACAUUCUAUAAACAGAAAUAUGCACAUUUGAUAGGUGAAGACGCGGCGAUAAACGCUGCUCAGAAAACAAACAUGAAUAAAAGUUACGGGGAGGUACCGAGCGAGAACAAAAAGGAUUUGCGCUCUAUAGAACAGACUAUGGCAGAUAUCAAAGCUAAGAAGGUCAAGAAAGCUGAAACGGAAAAAUUGCCGGAAGGUAUUUGAUUCAUGAUUCACUUAAGUCUUAUCAACACUACACAGUUAUGACGAUCGACUAUAAUGUCUGCAAAAACAACAAAGACAUCAUUGUAGACUCAGAUAGUAUUUAGUCGUACCUGUUGAGAUUUUACAACAAUGUCAUUGAUAAAAAAUUACUUCGGUUUAAACAGUUUGAGGUGAAGUGAAACAAAUUAAUCAUAUUUUACAUGUCCAUCCCACCAAUCGAGAUCGGAAGAAGAGUAUAGACCAAAGCCACAUUGUUUAAAGAUAGUAUGAAAAUGUCAUUCGAGUGGAAAAUUGGGAAAAGACCACGGUCCUUAUUUUUAUGCCAGUGUAUGACGAUCUCACUUUUGAGGUUUAUUCUUCGAGCUACAAUAUUAGCUAAACUCUUUCAAAGGCAUCCCACAGAAAUAACACUCAUAUGAAGACUCAUUUUCUAUUUGUGAUAAGCACUUACCCUUAAGUGGUCUGUCUGCUUGCUUCCUUAUAUAUAUACACAUGUAUGUUAUGGCUGUCUUAAGUGAUAACAUGUCAAGUAAGAGCUGUUAUCACACAAUGAUAACAUUUUGUGUAUCUGAUUUUGAACUUAGAAUGAAGACAUUAAAAAUAUAUUAUCAAUGGUGCUAGUGCACUAGGAAUUUUUUUUCUGUUUAAUAGAAUAUUGUAAUUACAUCUGAUUCUGUACUUAAAAGAUGUUCCAAAGGAAAUAUGUCAAUUUUCACAGAUAUAAUGUAGAAAGAUUUAAAUUCUCUGUCACACUAUAGUUGAAAUAUUCAAGAAUCUUUUUUAAAUUUUCAACAAAAGUAUAUGGUAACCUUAUUGUGGUGUAAUGCAUGUGUUAUGUAUAAAACCUAUGGAAAUAAAAUUACAAAUUUAAUUUAUUUUUAUGUGUGUUAUGAUAUAAAUCUUAUGGGUACUACAUAUUAUAUAAACAUUAAAUUUUCUUGAGACGCUAUGUUGUGUAUAGCUCAAAGAAGUAAGUGGCAAAAUAGUUUUAAUUCAAUAAAAACUUUUUGGUGAAAAAAAGUAUGUAUAUUGGCAUUUAAAAACUGGAAUAACUCCUGAACUAAAUCAAACAAUAUGAUAGUUAUGAACAAACCUCAAUGUAUUGAUACUGUAAGUAUAAAAUAAAGUGAUUACUCAUUAAAAUGAUACAUCACGUUCGGAGAUCCUUUUUAGUACCACCGUUAACUGUUUUCAAGACAUAGCUGGGCUCGAGCUUUGUCACCUAACCACAAGUGGGCAUUGUUAAACUAAACAGUGCUACUAGUAUUUCAAUCAUUAUUCUUAUACACUAUAAAUAAAAACAAAAGAACCGUCUCGGUCUGUUUUGAAGUCAAUAGAGCAAACUGGUUGUAAAAUAUUGAAAUACUUUGAAAUAGUUAACGUUAGUUAGGCUAUGAAAGAAAAUACUUUUUCUGUUUCAUUUAGAAUAUUUCUCUUUGUAAUUAAUUUUUUUUUUUUGUUUUACUUUCUAGUAUAUAAUGUAAUCUUAAACUGCCUUUAGCAAUAAUUGCAAUGAUUAAUUUUUAAUGAAUUAGGUAUCCUAUCUUCUGUACCUGAUAAGUUCAAAUUAAAUAAAUAAUUAAUACUGAUA